UUUACCUAUUAUCAACAUAUUUCGAAGAACAUGAUUUUAGUUGUUUUAUGAAUGGUUUCUCGAAAGGUUCAAAAGGUUGAAAUAAAGUUUCUCGUUGCUCGUUUUAUCUUUUUGUUUUAUUCGAACAUUUUUGGCGAACGAUUCGUAAUUUUCUAUCGAAUACUCGCUGUGUGGCGUGGCCUGUGUGUUUUUGUGGAUUUGUGAUUACUAGGUGAUACCUUGGUUGCUGUUUCACAACUGUCACCACUGUUUCACCCCUUUCACCGUGUCCAACUUUCACGGAUUUGAAAUGGAUAAAGUCGCCUGCCGACAUCAUCCCGAUGCUCCACUCAUUGAAGAUUGUCACGCAGCGCAUUCAGACAAGCAUUUGCAUAAAAAUCCUAGCCCUAGCAAUGAGAAAACAACCGAAGAUCCAUCUCGUGUUGGUGGUCCAGAGAAUCCUCUCUUAGGUGGUUCUGAUCUUUCCACCAUCAUUGGUCCAGCUCGAGGAAGCGCCUCUUUCGAUGAAUUCGGAAUGUCUAAAUAUCAUAACAGAAAGACGAUGAGUUCCUCCGAUAGAACGCUAAUCAACGCAUGUAAAGAAAUUGGAAGCAUGGCAGAUCGUAUCAAUUUACCUAAAGCGAUCGUCGAUCGGGCCAAUGUACUGUUUAAGCAAGUUCACGAUGGACGUAAUUUAAAAGGCAGAUCGAACGAUGCAAUUGCGUCAGCUUGUUUGUACAUUGCAUGCAGACAAGAAGACGUUCCAAGGACAUUUAAAGAAAUUUGCGCUGUGAGCAAAAUCAGUAAGAGAGAAAUUGCCAGGUGUUUCAAGCUUAUACUCAAAGCCUUGAAAACGAACGUAGAACUGAUCACCACCGGUGAUUUCAUGUCGAGAUUUUGUUCUAAUUUGGGUUUGGCUAUGAACGUGCAAAGAGCUGCUUCUCAUAUUGCCCGAAAAGCUGUGGAAAUGGAUAUUGUAGCAGGAAAAUCACCCAUAUCAGUCGCCGCUGCCGCUAUUUACAUGGCAUCUCAAGCAUCAGGUGAUAAUAAAAGCCAAAAAGAGAUCAGUGAUAUCGCAGGUGUAGCUGAAGCAACUAUCAGAAUGUCGUACAAACUCAUGUUGCCAUUAGCCUCGAGCUAGUUUCCUGCUGAUUUCAAAUACGCAGUUCCUAUUGAACAGUUACCCCCAUCGUGAGAACGACCCAAAAACCGUCGCAGUUUUAUUUUGUGAACAUCGAUUGGCAACCUCCGUUUCUUUUAAUAUUUUUAAUCGCUGUGUUUUUACAUCUCAUCAGAUGAAUCGUUAUUUCGACGAACUAAAAAUUCUAUUUUACCAAUGUUUUUCGUAAUCCUUAACAAAUAGAAUUUUCAAAAGUGU